UUGCGCCGUUUAGAACGGGAGGACGAUAUGGAAACAUGCGCCUCCCCUCCUAGUCUGAAAGGUCGCUACUUCUGGUAUGUGCGAGAGGAAGAGUUUGUGUGUGAACCACCGUUAAUUACCCAACAUACCCAUAAGCUUUUGGUCCUGGAGGGACAGACGGCCAGUUUACGCUGCAAGGCAGUGGGAGACCCUAUGCCUCUCAUACACUGGGUUGCUCCAGAUGACCGACUAAUUAGUAACUCAUCCAGGGCUAUAGUGUAUGAAAAUGGUACUUUAGACAUUAUGGUCACCACCUCUAAGGAUUAUGGGACAUUUACUUGCAUUGCUGCAAACGCAGCAGGAGAAUCAACAGCCUCAAUUGAGCUCUCCAUCAUCCAACUCCCCCACCUAAGCAAUGGAACUAACCGCACAUCUCAGCCAAAGUCCAGGCUGUCUGACAUCACCAGCUCCACUAAAACUAGUAAAGGGGAGACCAAAGCCCAACCAGAACAGGUAGUGUCAGUGUCAGAGGUCACUGCAGUCUCUGCUCUGAUCAAGUGGACAGUAAGCAAAGUGGCACCCAAAGUCAAAAUGUACCAGCUCCAAUACAACUGUUCAGAGGAUGAUGUCCUGAUUUAUAGGAUGAUUCCGGUGAUCAGCAAAUCCUUCUUGGUCAACAACCUGAUGCCAGGGAUGCAGUAUGACCUAUGCGUGUUGGCCAUCUGGGAAGACACCGCUACCACACUCACUGCGACGAACAUAGUGGGUUGUGUGCAGUUUGAGACACGUGACGAGUAUCCCCGCUGCCAGUCACUGCACAGUCAGUUUUUAGGAGGAACCAUGAUCUUGGUGAUUGGUGGAGUGAUCGUAGCCACUUUGUUGGUCUUUAUCGUCAUCCUUAUGGUACGCUAUAAAGUAAACAGUGGCUUGCAGGUUGCAAAGUUGGUGACGGUGAGCAAUACCUACUCCCAGACCAAUGGGAGACCACAGGCUACACAGCGACUAAACAAUGGCGCUCCUACACCGCAGGCUCCAAAGACUGUAGUGGACCUAGACCUCUCCUACAACAACCUGCGAGGCAUACCCUGGGAGGCCGUUCGGAAAAUGCUCAACCUACACCAGCUGAGUCUGGACCACAACCUCAUCAGCCACAUCGCUGAAGGCACUUUUAUUGAUCUUGAAAAGCUGGCAAGGCUGGAUCUUACAUCAAACCGUCUCCAGAAGCUUCCGCCAGAUCCAAUCUUUGCUCGGUCACAGAUCAGCAGCGUUCUUAGUACACCGUUUGCCCCGGUCUUGUCUCUCAGCUUUGGCGGGAAUCCUCUUCACUGUAACU